AUGUCAAGAUACAUAAGAAAAGAAAUUGGUAUUUCAUGCACCAUUAACACAGAAGUGGGUGCAGUUUUAGCAGCAUUAAGAAACAUAUAUGAAACUUCAACCACCACAGAAGAUUAUCACCAUGACACAACAAUCCAGCAACAAUCUCUAAAAUCCUUAAGAACACUAAUUUUCAAUCCUCAACAACAAUGGCAAUACAUAGAUCCUUCAAUUUACCUCUCCCCAUUCUUAGAUGUAAUUCAAAGCGACGAUGUCCCAGCAUCAGCAACAAGCAUUGCUCUUUCAUCGCUCAUCAAACUCUUAAAACUCCAAGUUUUCGACGAGAAAACUCCAGGAGCUCAAGAAGCCAUGAAUUCUUUAGUAAUGGCUUCCACAAGUUGUCGGAUCGAAAGAACGGAUCAGAUGAGAGAAGAAGGGAUUCUAAUGAAGGUUCUCCAGCUUCUAAAUGGCAUCAUGACCCACCCGGCUUCUUGCCUUCUGAAAGAUGAAUCUGUUUGUCGAGUGAUCAACACGGCUUUUCAAGUGGUUCAACAAUCAUCAAGUCGAGGCAAUUUGCUUCAUAGAACUGCUAAAUUUGUAAUGCUUGAGAUUUCUCAAACUGUGUUUUCUAGAUUGAAUGAUAUACAAGUGAAAGAAGGAGAGAAUUCAGAGUCGGAUUCAGAGGAAUUGGAUGAUAAAAAUGAGAUUGUGAAUUCUGGGUUUAGUCUCCGAUGUGUGGUGGAUAUUUUUCAGUUCUUGUGUUCUUUGUUGAAUGUGGUUCAGACUGUUGAGAUUGAUGGGAUUGUAUCUCAGAGUACUGAUGAAAAUAUUCAGAUCUUGGGUUUGGUGUUGAUUAACACAGCAUUGGAAUUGAGUGGAGAUGGAUUUGCUAACCACCCUAAACUUCGAAGGAUGAUGAGGGAUGAUCUCUUCCACCACUUGAUCCAUUAUGGGACUCGGUCUAGUGCCCUCAUUUUGUCCAUGAUUUGCAGCACUGUCUUGAAUUCAUAUCACUUCCUUCGCGGGUCACUUCGGCUCCAGCUUGAAGCGUUUUUCACCUUUGUUUUAUUCAGAGUAGCAAAAUUUGGCAGUUCAAUGCAAUAUCAAGAAGUUGCACUUGAAGGUAUCAUCAAUCUAUGCAGACAACCCACAUUUCUAAUCGAGACAUACGUAAAUUAUGACUGUGCUUUCACGUGCUGCAACAUGUUUGAGGAAAUGGGUAAGCUGCUCUGCAAAUUGGCAUUUCCUAUGACUAGCCCUUUAACAAGUUUGCAACUUCAAGCCUUCGAAGGCUUAAUCAUAAUCAUCCACGCCAUUGCUGAUAAACUAAACAAAGCCGGAGAAAGAGAAGGAGUUUCCUUUGAACCAUUCCCAGUUCAGAUAUCAGAGUAUUCACCCUAUUGGGAAGAGCCAGUGAGAAAAGAAGAUGACUUGGAAAACUGGGUAUAUACUUUAAGAUUGAGGAAAGCACAAAAGAGGAAACUAUUGAUUGCUGGUACACAUUUCAAUCAAGAUGAGAAAAAAGGUCUUGAGUACCUUAAAAUUUCCCACUUAAUUCCAGAUCCACCAAAUGCAAAAGCUUUUGCUUAUUUCUUUCGGUUCACUCCAGGGCUUGAUAAGACUGCCAUAGGAGAUUAUCUAGGUGAUCCAGACGAGUUUCACCUCGAAGUGCUGAAUGUAUUCACAAGCUUAUUCGAUUUUACAGGUGCAGUUCUUGACACUGCAUUGAGAACCUUCUUAGAGACUUUCAGACUGCCCGGGGAAUCCCAGAAGAUUCACAGGAUACUAGAGGCUUUCUCAGAGAGAUUCUUUAAUCAGCAAUCAUCUGAGCUCUUUGAGACCAAGGAUGCAGUGUUUAUCCUUUGCUACUCUCUCAUCAUGUUAAACACCGACCAGCACAAUCCACAAGUAAAGAAGAAAAUGACGGAGGAAGAAUUUAUCAGAAAUAACAGGGCUAUUAACAAUGGGAAGGACCUUCCUCGGGAGUAUCUAUCAGAGUUAUUUCAAUCCAUUGCCACCAAUGCAAUUGCAAUAUUUGCUCAAGCCAAUUUAUUGGUUGAGAUGAACCCUAGCCGUUGGAUUGAUCUGAUAAGUCGAUCCAAGUAUACGACUCCCUUCAUUGCUUGUGACUUUGAUCAUAGACUAGGUAGAGACAUGUUUGGCAGUAUUGCGGGUCCCACAGUUGCUGCUCUAUCUGCAAUAUUUGAGCAUGCUGAUGAUGAUGAAGUCCUCAAUGAGUGCAUAGAAGGGAUAAUUUCAGUGGCUAGAAUUGCACGACAUGGGCUAGAAGACAUCCUCGAUGAGCUUGUAGCUUCACUCUGCAGAUUUACCACCCUGCUAAAUCCAUAUGCAUCUGCAGAGGAGACACUAUAUAUAUUUGCUAAUGACUUAAAGCCGAGAAUGGCAACCCUAGCCGUUUUCACUGUUGCUAAUAAAUUCGGAGGAUCCAUCAGGGGAGCCUGGAGAAAUAUCAUCGAAUGUCUGUUGAAACUCAAAAGGCUUAAGCUACUCCCCCAGUCCGUGGUUGACUAUGAUACCUUAGUUUCAGCAGAGGGUGGGUCCCACUCAAGAUCUACCAGCGAGGAUUCCAAAUUUGGGAGUGGCAGAGGAAACAACUCCAUAGCAGCAGGUCGGCUUUCAAACUUGUUAUUGGAGAGUAAUGAAGACUCACUAGUUCUUGGUGGAAGUGAGUUUGAGCAGAACCUGAAAGUCAUACAACAAUGCAAAAUCGGGAAAAUUUUUAGUGAUUCGGUUAAUUUACCUGCAGAAACAUUGUUGAAUCUGGGAAGAUCUCUAAUCUUUGCAGCUGCAGGAAAAGGGCAGAAAUUCACAACAGCAGUUGAGGAGGAAGAAACAGUCACUUUCUGCUGGGAUCUAGUAGGCGCUAUUGCUUAUGCAAAUAUUGACAGGUUUUCCACUUUCUGGCCCGCUUAUAAUGACUACAUUAUUCAAGUUACUCAGUUCCCUCUUUUUUCUCCUGUGCCAUUUGCUGAAAAAGCAGCACUAAUCCUCUUCAAAUUGUGUGUCAAACUCCUUUCUUCUCACCAAUCCGACAAGUAUCCUGAAGAAGUAAUGUUUAGAUCAAUAAACUUAAUGUGGAAACUUGACAAGGAAAUUCUUGAUACCUGCUGUGAAAUCAUCAUCCAAACAGUGUGCAAAAUUUUGAUCGAAUACCCAGGCAAUGUACAAACCCAGAUCGGGUGGAAGACACUCUUGCAUUUGUUGUCAGCCAAUGGUCGACUUCCUGAAAACUAUGAUCAAGCAGUUGAGGCAAUAAUUCAGCUAUUAUCCGACGGGAAAAACCUGUCCCGAAUAAAUUAUACAUAUUGCAUCGACUGUGCUUUUGGCUUCGUUGCCCUGAGAACCAGUCUGGUGGAGAAGAACAUACUAAUAAUGGAUCUAAUGGCUAAAUCUGUCAAUUUGCUGAUUCAAUGGUAUAGAGAUCAAUGUGAGCAUGAAAGCAGUAUGAGCAAUGCAAGCAUGACAAGCAGUUCUUCAUUGGAAGACGGUAAAUAUGGCAAUUUCACCUUAAAUCUGUUUGUCAAGCUAGGAGAAGCCUUGAGAAAGACAAGUCUAGCACGACGUGAAGAGGUGAGAAACCAAGCAGUAGCAAGUCUCAAAAAAAGCUUUGAACUAGCACAGGAACUCGACUUAACAUCAACUAACUGCAUCAAUUGCUUUAACUAUGUGAUCUUUGCAAUGGUCGAUGAUUUGCAUGAAAAGAUGUUGGAUUACUCGCGGAGAGAGAAUGCAGAGAGAGAGAUGAGGAGCAUGGAGGGUACCCUGAAGAACGCCAUGGAAUUCUUAACAGACAUAUUCUUGCUAUACUUGAAGUCAAUAUCAGAAAAUCCGGGAUUCAGGACUUUCUGGUUAGGGUUGUUGAGGAGGAUGGAUACUUGCAUGAAAGCGGAUUUGGGUGUCCACGGUCCAUCGAGAAUGCAGGAAGUAGUACCAGAUUUAUUAAAAAAGAUGAUCGCGGCAAUGAAAGACAGGGAGAUUCUGGUGCCAAAGGAAAAUGAUGAUCUAUGGGAGAUAACUUACAUCCAAAUUCAAUGGAUAGCUCCAUCAAUGAAGGGGGAGCUCUUCCCCGAUGUCCCGUCUUAA